AUGGUGGUGCAGCACCCCAUAGCAGAAGCCAACGAGCAAAGCCCAUUUGGGACCCUUUCCGCCUCUGAAUUCUACGCCAAACACCACGUAACCCACUCUUCCGACUCUAUAACCAACUCACGGGGUUUCAAGCUCUUCACUCAAUGGUGGACCCCACUUCCCCCAACGAAAGCAAUUGGGUGCGUAGCCGUUGUCCACGGCUUCACCGGUGAAUCCAGCUGGUUCGUCCAAUCAACCUCAAUUCUCUUUGCUAAAAGUGGGUUCGCAGUCUGCGCUAUUGAUCACCAAGGCCAUGGCUUCUCUGAUGGUCUGGACAACUUGAUGUAUCAUAUCCCAGAUAUCAACCCUGUUGUGGAAGAUUGCAUGCAGUAUUUUAAGACAUUCCGUGAGGCUCACGCGCCCAAUUUGCCGGCUUUUUUGUACUCCGAAUCGCUCGGCGGGGCAAUAGCUUUGUACAUUACGCUACGUCAGAAAGGCGCGUGGGAUGGGUUGAUUUUGAAUGGGGCCAUGUGUGGCAUUAGUGCUAAGUUCAAGCCACCGUGGCCGUUGGAGCAUUUGCUGUUUGUAGCUGCGGCAGUGGUACCCACUUGGCGAGUGGUUCCCACCCGAGGAUCGUUACCUGAGGUGUCCUUUAAGGAGGGGUGGAAGCGGAAGUUGGCGUUAGCAAGCCCGAGGAGGGUGCCAAUGCGGCCACGCGCGGCUACGGCACUCGAGCUUUUGAGAGUGUGUAAGGAACUUCAAGGGAGGUCUGAGGAGGUGGAUGUGCCUUUACUGGUUGUGCAUGGUGGGGAAGACGUCGUGUGUGACCCCGCCUGCGCCAAGGAGUUGUAUGAACGCGCUGCGAGUACGGAUAAAACGUUGAAGAUUUUCCCUGGGAUGGGGCAUCAGCUGGUGGGUGAGUCCGAGGAGAAUGUGAAUUUGGUGUUUGGGGAUAUGGUUGAGUGGCUACAAAACCGUGCCGAACGCUACAAGAAGGAUGGGGAUGUGGCACACGCGGCUGCGAAUGAUGGUGGCCCGUAA